AGGCAGCCCUCCCGCUGUUCCUCGCCCACCACACUUCAUUGUCGCAUCUGUCUGUAGCUGCUACAGCUUCACGCAACAAUGGACGUUUUUUGGACGCUCCCACCUGUCUCUAGAACCAUUACAGCUGCAGCUGUCGUCGUGUCGGCGCUGGGUUAUGGUGGCAUCCUCAACCUCUACCAUGUCGUCUUCGCUACUCAAUAUGUCUUCACUACCAAGAUGAUCCCGCAGCUCUGGCGACUCUUCUCUGCGUUUCUCCUCACGAAACCGAAGUUCGGCAUCCUGCUUGACCCAUACUUUUUGUACCAAUAUGGCAGCUCUAUUGAACGCGAGUCUAGCCGCUUUUCGCAGCCCGGCGACUUUUUUGUGUAUACCAUGUUCGUCGGCAGCGUCAUUGUGGGAACGGCAGGCUGUCUUUUAGGCUCAUACACCUUCCUUCCUGCGCUAUCUCUCGCAUACGCAUAUACCUUCGGCCAGGACAACCCUACGCGAUCCGUGCAAUUCUUCAUUCUUAACUUUGACGCCAAGUUCUUACCCUUCGCCAUGCUGUUCCUUACAUUCGUCAUCGAUGGCCCUGAUGCAGCGGCUUCGCAACUGACCGGCCUCCUUGCCGCUCAUCUCUACGAUUUCCUCACAAGGAUCUGGCCUACGUUUGGAGGUGGAACAAACUACAUUCGUACCCCUCAGAUUGUGAAGGGUUGGUUCAGUGCAACAGCCGGUAGUGUCCAGGAUAGGGGGUACGGCCAUGCUGUCCAGGGACGUGGAAGGGCGGCUGGUGCGCCUGGAAGUGGUGCACAGCCGAGCACGGGCAGGACUACAGGUGCCAACACGUCUUGGAGUGGAAUGGGACCUGGUCGUAGACUGGGAGGAUAGAUACACGCUGAAGACGCUGUGGAAUCUGUCUGUUAUGAGAAUUGCGAUUCCAGUCUUACCUGAACAAAACUUGACAUUGUAUUAGUAGCAUUACAAUAAUUAUGUAAAUGGAGAUACUUUGCGAUCUUUUGAGCUGCUCUA